UAGUGACGAGCUUGGAGAGCCCGAUGUACCUUUCUCGUCACGCCGAUUAUCUUCAUUCGCGACUGCCAGGUGUUCGAGCGUAAUUCAGCGGUCUUGGCGCGGUUGUGCACGGAGAAGAUCACCUCACAAAAUCCUUAAAGCCCGAUUCAGCAGUCAAAGUGCUGAAAUUCCGGCCAACCGUUUUCUUUUCCGAAUAUACCAUUCAGUUGUUGCCAGCGGGCCCGAUGGCGAAAGGACGAUACGUGUCCAAUGCCAUCCCGACAGGCCCGUUACACUGUUUGGCGGGUGUUGCGGGUUGAAUGGGUCGUAACCUGCACGGCACCAGCUUCCGGUAGCCUUCUUCUCCGUCAUAGCCGGGAAUGCCGUGGUCGUCGUACCGGUAGUGUCGCGAAAUGUGCCGUCUUCGUCGGCGCAACCGUCUGUGGGAGCAUCGUUGGCAUAGGUUGGGUGGUGGGCGCACAGUAUCAUCGUAUGCGAAGAAAGAAAGCAAGCAUUGGUGGAGUUGUCGAGUUUUAGAUUAAAUAUAUGUCGAAGAAAACGAAGAAGAAAAGAAGAAAAGAAGAAGAAAAGAAGAAACAUGUUUGUCGAAGAAACCGACCAUCAAAGUCUAACUGUGAUAUAAUGCAUACCGGCCGUUUCAUAAGCCAUGCGGUAUGCGCAGAGAGGAGGAAAAACUGUUUUUUAUUAGUGUGAACGGUUUCCAUAUGAUACUUCCACAAAAUAUUACCGAUAUUCGACACCAGACCGAAAAUCACCACUAAUGCCAGGUCCAUGCCAUGGAAGGGGAAAGCUAAGUUAGGCGAGUGGCUUCGUGACCGUUCGGCAAUUGGAUUGAACGUAGGGGAAUUGCCUCCGCGCGCAGAAGAAGGGCGACAACGGCAGCAGCCAGAAGGGAAGCCAGAAGCAAAAACCGCUGGUAGUGUGCGUGAAGGGUUCGGCACCAGGGAGGGGAGGUUUUCCCCCACCCCAUCGCCGUCGUCGUCGUCGUCGUCGUCGCCGCCGUCGUCGCCGUCGUCGCCGAAACCGCCGCCAUCGCCGCCGUCGGAUUCGUGGACUGCCGCUUAUGAUGUCAUCGGAGGAAGACUCUGAUUCUUUCGGUUUGUACGUCGAUAAGUUGCUAAAGAACGACAACCCCACAACCACAGUGACGAACGCCAGCGGCUGCAGCAACGGCAGCAGCAACAGCAACAGCAGCAACGGCAGCAGCAACGGCAGUAACGGCCACGGUUGCAAGCGCAGCAGACAGCGCGUAGACGCGGGCGAACCAAGGAACAGCUACUCUUCGAUACCCAGCUUCAGUUCGCGCCCGUCCUUCAUGAGCAGCGGUCUAUACGGGGCUAUCUUUAGCCAGGCGCAGCAGCAACACUUCAGCGGACUGUUCGGUCCCGGCGGGUACGGUCCUGCGGCCGCCAGCAAGAUGCUCAACGAACUGCUCGGCAGGCAAGUGAAGCAGGCCCAGGACGCGUCCGAUCCGGACACGAUCAGCAUGCUUUCCGCGAUCGAGGCCGCCGCGGCCAGCAUCAACAGUGCGGCCAGCAGCCUCGCCAACAGUGCGGGCCCAGAUCAGUGUGCGGGCCUCUCAGUGCAAGAUGCAAGUGCAGUGAAUGGUGCGAGUGGUACCACCGGCACGGUUGGAGCCGCCGUCGUCGCCGUCGGCUCCACCAAGCUCGGUUUCGAAAGUGUGACCAGUUUGAGCAACAACAACAACAACAACAACACCAGCACGAACAAUAAUAAUAAUAACACGAACAGCGCCAACAGCAACAGUCCCAGUGCGUGUGGGAAAAGCGGCAAACAGAGUGGCAGUGCUGCAGCAGCGACCGGUUCCGCGGAGGUAACGAUGGGCUCGAACCGGCGCAGCAGCAGCUCCAGCAGCACAAGCUCAAGCUCCAGCAGCAACAGCAGCAGCAGCAGCGCGAGCAGCGGCAACAGCAGCAACAGCAGCAGCCACGCCAGCAGCAAUGGCGGCGCGGCGAAUACCAACGGAGACAACAACAACGGCAGCAGCAGCGGUGGCGGCGGCGGCGUCGGCGGCGUCGGCGUCGGCGGCGGCAACGUUGGAGGUCCUAAGCAACGGAUCGCGACCACCAGCAACAGCGUAGUGGACAACUCGUACAGUAACGGGCUGGGUGGCGUUAUAGACCUUGACGGUGAUUCUACAACGCCACCGGCUCCGAGCGAGCUGGCGCAUCACAUGUUGCGCAAUAUCCUGCAGGGCAAAAAGGACCUGUUGGCGCUCGAUCAGGAGCUGCGCAGCACGUUACAGGGUGGUCGGUUGUCGCCGGACAACAACAACGUGAUCGGGAGCAAGAACCAGAACAACAACACGAUCUUCGACGUGGCCAAGCUCGGUGAGCCCGGUCUCGGUGGUAUUGUGAACGGGGGUGAGCUGAGCGACUCGAGUGAUGCGGGUGUGGCCCACGGGAAGAGUGCUUCGGGCACAAAGCAUCGGGUGGUGGCCAACAGUGGCAAUAAUCAAAAUGCGAAGGCGACCCACGGCGCAAGUGAUAGUACGAAAUGUGAUGAUCUGCUGGGAGCGCAAUCGGACGUAGGUCGGUUGUCGAACGGUAGCGUGGAUGCGAUCAAUCCCAAGCAGGAGAAGCGCGAUGUGAUCGAUGAGCUGGUAGCGUCGUUACCGGACGAGGUGGAUGAGACCGUACCUUCACCAGCGUCCUCUACCGGUGGUGGCAGUAAUGGUGUGCUAAUUGCUAAGCAGGAACUCGACCUAGACGACUGCUGUCUCGACGAUAAGGAUCGCGAUGAGCGAACACCGACGCCGAACGGUAGCCUAGUGUCCGGUCGGGCUGAACCGGAAGCGCUGAACAUGAAGCGCGCGCGUGUCGAGAACAUCGUAUCGUCGAUGCGCUCCAGUCCAGCAAUCCUGUCCGCACAGCCUCCAGUAAAUGGGUGCAAGAAACGAAAGCUCUACCAUCCACAGCAGCACGAUAACAGUGCGGCCGAGCGAUAUGCGGCAGCAGCCGCAGCUGGCCUUAACCUUGGGUUGACCUUGCAAAACUUCAUGCUAAGUAGCAGUGCGGCGGCGGCCGCAGCAGCCGCUGCAGCUUCGACGGCAACGGCCACCGCUACGCCUGUCACCGAUCCGGCCACAACCGACGACGACGACGAUCUGGUGGAGACGGUUGCGACACCACACAUCCACCAGAAGCGCGUGGAAAAGGACGUACUUAAGUCGCAGCUUCGCUCGAUGCAGGAGCAGCUGGCGGAGAUGCAGCAGAAAUACGUGCAAUUGUGCUCGCGCAUGGAGCAGCAGUCCGACACCACGCAGGAGGUGGCCGACGACAGCUCGUCGAGCGACAUCAUGGAGGAUGACAUCAGUGGUCCGGAACUAUCACCUGAGAAGCCACAUCUCGCGGUUUCCAGCCCGGCCAAAGACACGGCCGGUAGCAAGGGCCAGUCGAACGCGGCGGCUGCGGCCGCAGCCGCAGCAGCAGCAGCUGAUGCCUCGAGCAUGUUGCAGAUGAUGAGCAAGAUGAUGUCGGCGAAGUUGCACGGUACGCUGCCACCUACGCAUCCGCUGCAAGCGAGCGGUUUCAACGGUACGCACCCAUUCCUGCAGCACAUGCAACAGGCGGCUGCAGCGGCGGCUGCUAUGCCCCACGAAGGUCAGCAGCAGCAGCAGCAACAACAGCAGCAGCAAACACACAGUCAGCAGAUUAGCAACGCGGCGGCAAUGUACCAGAAGCUGUUUCUCGAGCAAGAAGCGAGGCUAGUGAAGGCGGAACAGGCUGAGCGAAGCUUGCAGGCUUCCAACCAGCAAUUGCUGCAGCAGCAGCAGCAACAACAGCAGCAGCAGCAGCAGCAGCAGCAGGCUCAGCAACAUGUGCAGCAACCACAACAGCAGCUAAUGCCGCAUUCUCAUCAGCCGCAUGCAGUGCCACCACAGCAUAUGGCAGAUCGGAGCAGCAGCAGUACUAGCUCGUCGUCACAGGUAAUACAAUCGCAGGUACCGUUGCCGCAUCAGCAGCAACCGCCAGCACAAACUCAACCUUCGCAGCCCAAUCUGCUACAAUCGCCUGUUCAACAUCCGCAGACGCAGCAUGCACAGUUGCAGCAGCAGCAGCAGCAUUCGCCUCCACACCCACCAACGAUCUCGCAGCAGACCUGCGGACUAGUACCACCCAACGUCCAGCAGCAACAGCAACAGCAGCAGCAGCAGCAACAGCAACAGCAACAGCAACAUCAGCCACCAGUGACGAUGGCAUCGCAACAGCUCUCACCGACGCACGCGCCAAUGCAAACUGCACCACAAGUGAACCACGUGGCACCAGCUACGAUGGGUGGUCAUUUGCCGGCAAUCCCGAAAGGUUCGUCCAUUCCGUCCGACCUGACGAACCGGCUGAACAUGAUGCGCUCCAGUGUGAGCGCCGUGGCGCCGAUGUCCGGCACGGACCUGGAAGGCCUAGCGGACGUGUUGAAGACGGAGAUAACGGCGUCGUUGUCCAACCUGGUCGAUUCGAUUGUCACGCGGUUUGUGCAUCAGCGCCGGUUUCUUGGCAAGCAGUCGGAAGCGGCCGCCGCAGCAGCCGAGCAGCUGAACAAGGACCUGCUGAUGGCUUCGCAGCUGUUGGAUCGCAAAUCGCCGCGAACGAAGAUCAGCCAGCCGGAUCGAGGCGUCAGUCAAACAGCUAUGUUCCAAGCGUCGAAAACGCCGCAGAACAUCAACUCGGUCGCGGCGGCUGCACUCUACAACUCGAUGAACCAAGCCCUCGGUACGCCCAGCCAGGUGAACCCGUUCUGUCUGCCACCGCCGGAACCGCGCGAGCACAAUCCCGAGCAGAAUGAGGCGCUCAGCCUCGUCGUGACGCCGAAGAAGAAACGCCACAAGGUGACCGACACGCGCAUUACGCCCCGAACUGUGAGUAGAAUCCUUGCCCAGGACGGCAUUCUGCCGGCCUCGAAUCAGGUGCCGCUUGACUCACAGCAAUCUCAACAGCAGCAACAGCAACAGCAGCAGCAGCAGCCAUCGCAGCAGCAGCAACAGCAGCCGUCUCAGCAGUCCCAGACGACCCAGCAGCAGCAGCAGCAGCAGCAAUCGGCCGCAACGCAGCAGUUACCCUUGGGUGGGCCCAACGCCUGCCUUGGCAACACUGUCGGUGGCAGCAGCAGCAACAACAACAACAACAGCUGCAGCAAAAACAACAACAACAACCUGAACGGUCAGCAGCAGUCGCAAGGACCCGCAUCGGGUCCAACCCAGCAGCAACAGCAGCAAUCGACUCCAUUCAGCAGUCCUUCGGCUAGCGUGGUUCAACCGCCCGGUCCGACCACACCGACGGAGUGCAAAUCUCCACGGUCGUCCUUUCACGGUGCGGCCUCGGCGAUGCUGCCCGUCUCCCUGCCUACCUCGGUGGCAAUCCCCAACCCAUCGCUGCACGAGUCGCAGGUCUUCUCGCCCUAUAGUCCCUUCUUUAAUCCGCACGGACCGCACGGUGGCCCACAUGGGCCUCAACCGUCGCAGUUUCACCACAUGAAGGUGUCAUCAAGCCCGCCCGGGAUCAACGGGAUGCUGGAUCCUCGCGACUCUCCACCGCUGCCCCACCCACCCACGAUGCUGCAUCCGGCCCUGCUGGCGGCCCAUCACGGCAACUCACCGGACUACGGACAUAUCAGGGCGUCGAUGGACGUCACCGAUCGCGGCUCGGACUGCACAUCCGCCGACAUCGCCUACAACGGGAUGGAGCCUACUAUAUCCUUUUCAAAUCGUGCACUAUUUGAAAAUCCUUCCAUUGCAGCUAAUCGAUCCUUAACUCCGGUGAACUCGUCAACCCUGACGCCGAUGCACCUGCGCAAGGCGAAGCUGAUGUUCUUCUGGGUGCGAUACCCGAGCUCCGCCGUGCUGAAGAUGUACUUCCCGGACAUCAAGUUCAACAAAAACAACACCGCCCAGCUGGUCAAGUGGUUCUCCAACUUCAGGGAAUUCUACUACAUUCAAAUGGAGAAGUACGCCAGGCAAGCGGUCAGCGAAGGUAUGAAGAAUGCCGAUGACCUCCAUGUAAGCAAUGACAGCGAGAUUUAUCGCGUGCUCAACCUGCAUUACAAUCGGAACAAUCACAUUGAGGUGCCCCAAAAUUUCCGAUACGUCGUUGAGCAGACGCUGCGCGAAUUCUUCCGCGCGAUACAGAGCGGCAAAGACACCGAGCAGUCGUGGAAAAAAUCAAUUUACAAAAUUAUUUCCCGAAUGGAUGAUCCUGUGCCGGAGUAUUUCAAAUCUCCGAACUUCCUCGAGCAGCUGGAGUAAGUUAAGCAAGCGUUACUAUUGAGAAGCUCUCUUAGAAGCAAGGAAGCACACAAAGUGGAAGCUAGCUAGAGCAUGUCAACCAACCAAACUAAUACCAAAAAAACAAAAGGCAAGAAAAAUAGGCCCAAAGGCGUGACGGAAUUAAGACACCGAAUCAAUAAUAGAAAAAGACAGAACAAAGAAACAAAGGAGAAAGUAAUAUAUGAAAACGAAAAAGAGAGUAAUUUUAUUAUUAAAAUUAAAGUAAAUUAUACAAAAUUGUUAUCUUAAAACAAAUUUAUGAAAUAUGGGUACGAAAAGAGAUAAGUAAAACAUAACAAACAAAUACGAGUGAGCGAGAGGGAACGAGUAAGAGACUAUAUUGUUUAACGAAAAACCUAUGCGAAUGGCGAGCGCUAGCAUCGGGAGAAAAAUUAAAACGCGAAAUCUACUAAACUAAACAAAACAAAAACAAAUAAUGCAAAAGAAAACAUUUGUGGUUCCUAUAAUGUAGUGCGCUUCUCCCACAGAGCGUCUGCAAACAAAGCACAGCACAGAACUUUAACACAAAGUACACAAGAUACGCAAAGGGCGUCGAUGUUUUGCGGAUUCUUACGCAUAACACUCGACCUGCGGAGACCAUACCAAAGCAACAGAGGGCUAUGGUAUUCCGGACUCUUACUUGCAUGUGCAAUUUGUGCAAUUAAUCCGCGGGAAAGGCCUUCAAAUUUACCACAUUUUGAAUGCAGAAACAACAGAAGUGCAAACACGGGAAAUGCUUUGAAAAUGAAUCAACCCUUUGCGGUAGCACUGUAAAGAUUCUAGGGCGUUCAAAAGUAUUAGUAUUUAGAUGGAACAAAAAUCGAAAACAAAAGCAAGACACCUACACGGCAAACCUCAAAAUUUACCAAUUUUUAGUAUAUUUAAGCGAAAUGGAGAGAUAAAGAGAUGAUUAAUCAAGUGCACGUUGAGGUGCACCAAGCAAAACGAAUGAAAUUGAAAUGUGUCUAGACGAGAGAGAGAGAGAGAUAAAAUGCUGCCAAAAAGGAUGGAAUUCGUUAAGAUCGUUCCCGUGGACUUUUUUUGCACGGAAACAACAGAAUUAGUGACCCAUUCGAAGCGAACUAAUGCAGUGUUUCUGAUCGGGUCAAAGCAAACAACCAAAAAACUGAUGUAAACUGUAUUGCGCAUCGUCGAAGUAUGACUAAGUUAAAUCGGCGUCUAAAUUACCAUUCACAUUGUGGUGGAGUAUUUUGACGGCGGUAUAGUUUUCACCAUCGGAAGCUAUGUCUUCAAUUGAUCAAGUGCCGUUGGGCAUCCCUGGAUUGGUAUAUAUUUUGUAAUGAUUCUUUAUUUCUGUAUAGUUAGAGAUUAGUUCUACAACUAGGUUUAGAAUUCGUUAGAAAGUAUGAGAUGUGUACAAAUGUUUAGGAACUGGUUAGAACCUACACUCUUCAGGUCGCGAACUCCAAGAUUAGUCCUUGGGCAGAUCACUCGAAGCAACUGAAUCUGAGGCGUAGAACACUUCAAAUUGUUCAUGUUGAGCGGCUGCGUGAAUGUACAUAUGUUUAUUUAUAUAUUUUUUGGCACGCGCUCUGAAAG